GCUCUGGUGUCGAGACGGUACUGUGAGCAAAGUUACUGGAGUUUGCUCCCGGUUGCCAACUGCUCGUUUGUCCAGCUGAACUAUUGGAGCUAUCGCUUGUCUCAUAAAUUUCCACACCUCCAUCCCCAAAACACACACUGGAGUACACAAAGCUAUAGUAUCAUGUCUCAGACCAUGAAGUUCCCCGAGAUUGUACUUCCUGUCUCCUCCUCCAAUUGCUCUUUGGAUGUGUCUGUCUUGUCAAUGGGCUCCUCUUGUGAUUCCUGUUCCUCCUUCAGUUCCAUGGACCCUCCUCCAAGGAGAAAGCCUUCCCAAGAUAGAUUAACUGCUGGUAUGCAGGUGCAUCGUCGCAGAAAGUCGAAUGUCAAGUUUAACUUCAAAGGAACCAACAAGUCGCGAUGGACCAAUACUAUGGAGGCCAUCAGCAGCGCCGGAAUGACGUCCGUACCUUUCCGCAAACCCAGCAACCCUGGUCUGGUCCACAUGCACCAUGCUCCCAAUCGACAAAGCGACAUUGCAGCCAAUCUUCCCUGCCGCAAAUGCAGUGAUCCUCGUCUCUACAAGUUGGUUGUGGACGCACCCGCCAGCGCACCCACACGCAAAUUCAGCAAUCCCACUCCUCUCUUCCAUUUGGGUGGCUUGCGCAGCAGUCCCCAGCAAGGCAAGGCCGCCACAGCAGCUUUGAACCAAGCUUUCAACAACAGUGGCUCUUCCUUGUCUUCCUCAGGCUCAUCCUCCGCCAACUCCAACUUUCGCUGGAAGACUGGAUCUCAGUUCUGUGCGCACCCUCCUCUCCGCAGCACGAAUCCACUCAGCGGCAAGGCGCAGCCUCCUUCAAGACCUAAUCGCAAAGGAUCUCUCAUGGACUUCAACAUUCUCUCCUCCUGGGAUGUGUCUCCCUGCCAGUGUCCUCACGAUGACAUCCGCCACACGUCCAUCACGGAAGGGCUCGAUAACUCCGAGCAUUCCACUGACAGCAUGCCUCCACCUCUUCCUGCUCGCAAGGAGAGUCUCAUGGACUUUGAUGAUGCUCUUUCCACGGCGGCCAACUCGGGCUGCGGUCAUUUCCACCCAAGUCCAAGAACUCAGGUGCGAAGGUUUGUUCAACACAACCUCCAAAAAUCCAUGCCUUCCGUGCCGCUUCGACGUGGUAGCAUCAUACCACCACCCCCAGAGUUUGCCAGACAGGUGAGCUCCGCCUCAUCGGCCCCUGUCAUUCCAGCUCGACAGGAAAGCCUCAUGGACUUGAAUGACUUGUAGUCAUUGUAUGGAUCCAUGUCAGCCAUGAGAGAAGAACAUUUGUACAGCUUUGAAUACCUUCCUUCUCUCUCUCUUCGUUUGAUAGUAGUGAUACUUGUCCCAUGUACAGCGGUCGAAUGAAUACCGAAAGUAGUAACAACUAAAACGAAGUAUGCAACG